UGACAAAACAAAUAACAUAUAUGCUUUCAACAUCAAGUUAUUUAACAUGUUUAAUGGCGUCGUCUACCGGAAUAACCUGCAGUGUAUGUCAGACGAAAGACACCACAUCUGCCGCAAAUAUGUGGUGCCUUGAAUGUUGUAAAUCAUUCUGUGCAAAUUGUAAAGAAGAACACGAUAACUCAAAUACAUCUAUAAAUCACAAAACAAUUCCAGUAGAAGAAUAUAUAAAGUUACCUACCUACCCGAUAUUAACAUUGCAUUGUGAAAAACACAAUAAAAAAUAUGAAAAAUUUUGUCCAGAUCAUCAACUUUUGCUCUGUAAAAAAUGUAUAAAAACAACACAUAAAACGUGUAAAGACGUCCUGUCACUCGAAGAAGUCACACAUAAUACAAAAUCGUCCGGUGUUAUUGAGCACAUGAAGACAAGUAUUGAUGACAUACAGCUUACGUUGCAAAAAAUUAAGCAAAGCAGAAAUGACAAUUUGACAAGUGUACGCACACAGAUAAAAGACAUUCAAAAAGAGAUAUCAAGAUUUCGAUCACAGCUUAACAAAACUUUGGAUAAAAUGGAAAAAGAGCUAAUGAAUGAAAUGGAAAAGGUUGAAAACAAGACAAAAAGUCAUAUGGCUAUCCUAUUUAAAGACCUGCAACAACACGAACACAAAAUUGAAGAAAUAAAAAGAGGAAUUGAAGGACUAGAAAAGUACGGUACAGACUUCCAAACUUUCUUGGCGGGAAAUCAGAUUGAAAAUGUAGUGCAUCAAGAAGAAGAAUAUAUGCAAUCACUACUUGAUAAGAAAAAACUUGAAAACAUAAUCAUUGAGUAUAAAGCAAACGGUAUUUUAAAAUAUUUUGUUAGUGACAAUGUGGACUUUGGCCAUAUUUGUGUUGCGACUGUACCAUCUGAAGUCCCAGUAAUCACGCGAAAUAUUAGAGAAAGUCAGCUUCCGGUAAGAAGUCAUUAUUCACAGCUAUCUGUAGCACAAAGAUUCCUUGUGAAAACAACACAAUUAAAUACCUGCAAUGUUACAGCCGUGUGUCUGUUACCAAAUAAAGAAAUUAUAUUCAUAGGAAGAAUCAGAAGGGGAGUUGAUAAAAAGGACAUGCAUCUUUUAUUAGUUCAUGAUAGUGAUGGGUUAUUAAAAUACUCUUUUCAACUAAAAAAUGUAAGCUCUCCUAAUGUCAUUAUACCAGUUGACAAUAGAACUGUUAUAAUUAAUGAUUAUGGUGAUUCUGAACAAAUAAUCUUUAUUGACAUUUUGAAGAAAAAAACUAUCCGAACAUUGAACACUGUUGGCUGUUGUAUCGGUAUUGCAAAAUUAAAUGAUACGAUUUUUUGCACUAUAUAUUCAAAAGGAUUAUACAAAGUUGACUUGAUAAAUCAGGAUUCCAUGACCAAGUUUUUUUAUACCUAUAAUAUUGGUUUGUCAUACGUCGCAACAUUCGGUGACAAAAUAUGUUACACAGACUGCUAUACAAAUGUGGUCGUCCUUUUAAACUCAGCCUCAAAUGUUCUUUGGAAAUAUCAAGACAAAACAUUAUUGGACUCUCCUAUGAAAGCUGCUUUUGACAAACAAGGUAACAUUUACGUCGUUGGCCAGAAUACUUAUAAUGUAGUAUUUAUUUCACAUGACGGAAAACAAAGCAGACAGAUGCUUUCGAAAGAAGACGGAAUUAUGCGCGAGAUGAGCAUUGACUUCGAUUUCAAUAGAAAUCGUCUUAUUGUUGUUUCUCAACUAGGAGAUGUUGUUGUUUAUAACUGCUCGUAAUCUUUUUUUAAAAUUAAAAAUUUUGAAAUUUUAUUACAAGAUUCAAGUGAGAGAAUGAAGUCAA